CUCCGUGUGGUUUCCUCCCCCUCUAGCUAGUUGCUACUAACCGGUACAUGGACUCCGUGGAUAAUUCACGCCAUGAUCAAGAUCACCACGCCGAUGUAGCGUUCAGUGUCGAGCUGGAGGCGGAGCUCGUCGAAGGGCACGGCAAUGGCGCCGCCGCCCCCACCCGUACCCGUACCGUCCUCGAGCAAGAAGAACCCGAGCCAAGAACAGAAGGCCGGCGGCGGCCUGGUCGCGCGCGGCGCCUCGCCCGGAGGCUCCACCCCGCGACCGUCGCUCGCGCGUGCUGGCGCUGGCUAAAGCACCCGGCGCACCUCGCCCUGGUCGCGUGGGCGCUCUGCGUGGCGGCGUCCGGCUCCAUGCUAGCGCUCCUCCUCCUCGGGUCGCUCAACCGCGCGUUCCCCCGGAGGUCGCUUCGCAACCGGUGGAUCGAGAUCAACAACCAGGUGCUCAACGCGCUGUUCACGCUCAUGAGCAUCUACCAGCACCCCGCGCUCUUCCACCACGCCGUGCUGCUGCUCCGGUGGCGCCCCGGGGACGCCAAGGAGCUCAGGGAGGCCUACUGCCGGAAGAAGGGCGCGGCUGCGGGCUCCCGGCGCGGCGAGCGGGCUCACGUGUCCGUGGUGGUCGCGCUGCUGCACGUCGCGUGCCUGGCGCAGUACGCCAUGUGCGGGCUCUACUGGGGGUACUCGCGCAGGGCGCGCCCGGACGCCGCCCUGACCGCGCUCACCGUGGUCGGCACCGCGGCGCCGGUGAUCGCCGGCCUGUACAUCUACUUCAGCCCUCUAGGGAGGAAACGCGGGGGGCGGAGCGUGCACCAUGAGCCCGACGAACGUUCCGACCACAGCGAUGGGACUGUCGCGGUUGAGGUGGCGGCCGGCGCGGACUGGGCCGGCGGCUUGCUCGACGUCGGCGACGACCCGACGGCGUGCUGGCUCUCGUGCCUCUGCACGUUCUGCGUGUUCGGGUGGAACGUGGAGCGCCUGGGCUUCGGGAACGCGCACGUGCACGCCGUCAUGUUCGCGCUGCUCUGCUUCGCGCCGCUGUGGGUGCUCAGCGUCGCGGCGCUCAACAUCCGGGACGACGACGUCGGCUUCGCGGUCGGCGUGGCGGGGGUGGUCCUCUGCGCGCUCGGCCUGCUCUACGGCGGGUUCUGGCGCGCGCGGAUGCGGCGGAGGUACGGGCUCCCUGCCACCAACGCCUGCUGCUGCUGUGCCGCCGCGCCGUCGCUCGCGGACUACGCGCGGUGGAUGUUCUGCUGGGGCUGCGCGCUGGCGCAGGAGGUGCGCACCGCUAACCUCCUCCUCCUCGACGUCGAGGCUGGAAGCGUCGGCCGGCGAGACUCCGAUGGCCGUCGAGUCGAUGCUGACGCGCAAACUCUGCAGCCUUUGCCGAGAGAGAGUGGAGUCAAGUCGUUUCAUCAGGGAGGAUCUUCGCAUCCUGCAAAGCCGGCGACAACUGACGCCCACUCUGUUCAGCUGUCGAAUUACUCGACGAGUAGUCAAGGCGAUGAGUCGCCAUUGCUGUGGCAAUAUCAGGUGACUAGGUCUUCUUCGCGAGAAAUGACGCCUCCUGUGCCGCCAUCGAUACCAGAAGCAGAACGUCGACGAGUUCAGGAGUAACAGAGCAGUUGCAAAUCAAUGCAUCGACCUGCGCUCCAGGAAUGCCAAUAUGCGUGUACAGACUGCAGAGUUCGCGUCGUUUUUUCGCCUUUACUUUUCCUUUCGACUUUCUCCAGGGAUUCAGAUGUUUGCUCCAAUCUUGAAACCCAAACAAGUUGUUUCCAGUUUUUGAAUCGA